GAAUACUUCAUAUUGGCAGACGUCUUCUUGAUAAUCUCCUUUAGUUUCUGAGAAUGAGCUUAUGGAUAUACCCACUAACUGCUUGCUUUCACUUACUUUUUUCGUUUCUUGGUUCAUUAUUCAUCAAGGACUGAUAAAUGGAGCUACUAUCAUCCCCAUCUCUCAGUUCAUAUUGCUCCUUCACCUGCAGACAGUCCACUUCUACCUCCAGAGAAUGGUCUCCCUCUUUCAUCAGAAUCCCAAACAGAAAAUCACAAUUGUCAGGUGGCUUUGAAAUGUUUACAGGCCUUAAGUUGACUUCAGAAAGGUUGCGACCAUCUAAUUUUACAGUUGAAGCUGUUGUUGGUGAUGCAACUGCUGUACCAAAUGAUUCUACCACAGAUCAUGUGUCAAUUAAUGAACAAGCUUACCCAAGAGCUAAUUCUGAAAGUGGUGAAGAGAAUGGCGAUGACUCAGCUGACCCUAAAAUGGUUCGAAUUAGUGACAAGCUGAUCGAGGUUUUCAUGGUUGACAAACCUAAUCCUAUUGACUGGAGAAGGUUGUUAGCUUUUAGCAAGGAAUGGAACACUAUUCGACCUCAUUUCUUUGAAAGAUGUCAAGAUCGGGCAGAUAAAGAAGAUGACCCGGGGAUGAAGCACAAGCUACUGCGGCUUGGAAGAAAGUUGAAAGAGGUUGAUGAAGAUGUGCAAAGACAUAAUGAACUUCUUCAAGUUGUCAAAAAUGCUCCUUCUGAGAUUGGUGAUAUUGUCGCCAGGCGACGUAAGGAUUUCACGAAAGAGUUCUUUAUGCAUCUACAUGCAGUUGCAGAAUCUUAUCAUGAUAACGAGGUAGAACAAAAUGCGAUUGCAAAACUUGGGAACACAUGCUUGGCUGCUGUACAAGCUUAUGAUACUGCAACUGAAAGCAUUGAAGCGAUCAAUGCUGCAGAGUUAAAAUUUCAGGAUCUUAUCAAUUCUCCUUCUGUUGAUGCUGCUUGUAGAAAGAUUGAUAAUCUGGCUGAGAAAAAUCAACUAGAUUCAGCCUUAGUUUUGAUGAUUACUAAAGCUUGGUCAGCUGCAAAGGAGACAAACAUGAUGAAAGAUGAGGUGAAAGAUAUAUUGUAUCAUCUGUACAUGACAGCAAGAGGUAACCUUCAAAGGCUUAUGCCAAAAGAGGUGCGGAUUGUUAAAUAUCUUCUUACAAUCGAAGAUCCUGAAAGGUUGUUAUGUGCAUUGAAAGAUGCAUUCACCCCUGGUGAUGAGCUCGAAGGGAAGGAUUUUGAUAACCUAUACACGACACCGGAGAAACUGCAUACUUGGAUAAAGGCGGUUGUGAAUGCGUACCAUUUCAGCAGAGAAGGGACACUGAUAAGGGAAGCUCGAGAUCUGAUGAACCCUAAAAUCAUUCAACAAAUGGAACAAAUGGAGAAAUUAAUCCGCGAUAACUUCAUGUAGUUUUCGUCGAAUACUUGUUUUAAUUUGGCUUAGAAUUCAAAGUAUAAUUAUUUUUAGAAACAUAGUUACAGUAGUUGGUUACUUGUACACUUCAUUUUUGUAUUCCAAUGGCAUUAAAUAUUUAUAAUCAUCAAUUCUUGAAAUUGCAGACAUU